UGGUCAGUGUUUCUCUGUUUCUCUCACAGGUGGCUGAUAAUGUUUAUGACAUGUUUCAAACCAGGUAUAUUUUGUACAGCCAGGCCUACGAGCACAAGAUUGUCAACAUCAUUGAAGAAAAAAUUAUUGAUGCUCUCUUAGAAGCCAAAGACAAGCUCCCCAAGAUCUCCCCAAUCUCUGUAUCCAAAUUACAAGGUGAUAUUAAGAGAAAAAUCCAGAGGAUUACAGGAGCCUCUUCAGACACUCACGAGGAUGACGAGAACUCAACACUCAGGCUGAUGAAAGAGUUUGCCAAACUGACAGAUCACAUCUUUGAGGAGAUCUUGUACUCCACCGAUGUUGGGCUGGAAGGUGCCCGAAAGAAACUAGAGGACGUUGUCAAGAGAUGCCUGCCAAAGUGUGUGGGAGAGACCAGACUGGGAAAAAAAGACAAACAUGCACACAAAAAAACCCUACAGAAUGACUGGAAUGAAGCAGUGGACGAGUGGAACAGACUUCACCCAACCAUGUUCUUGGAUAAGAAGGAUUUCAGCGUUGAUGUGAUUCAGCUGCAUUGCACUUACAGCACAGGCAUAAACCCAAUCGAAAAUGUCUAUUUCUACAGGAAGAGGAAUCCCACUGAAGCAUUUAAGAUUAAGAAAUACGAGGUAUCCAGUCUGCUGCCGGAGGAGUUUACUGAAUAUGUUUGUCGGAUUUACCACACAAAAAACUCGAUGAGGAGGAGAAGGACACUAAGGAGUGCUUUGAUUGGUGGUGCCAUGACAAGUGUAAGAUCCUGGUCUAUGAUCAAGAAGAGUUCAGAGGCAAUGAGUGCUUGAUCACAGGAGACUGUCCUUCAUUAGAUGACUGUGGUAUAACAGAGGUCCACUCCUGUAAGGUGCACAGAGGUUUCUGGAAGCUCUAUGAGGGUCCGAACUACAAUGAGGCAGAGUACACACUGGAGCCAGAGAAAGAGUAUCGGACUCCUACAGAUUGGGACUGUCAGUCCAAUACUUCAGCUCGUUCUCUUAAACAUGUGAGAAUGUAAAAUCUGACCAUUAACCCUUCCAUCUUCAGCUGUUGUUGACCUCGCAUGAUAUAUUGCUUUAUUGUGUUUACUGCACUGAUGUCAUUGUUUAUGUCACACCUUUAUGUAACAUAUAUUUAGAGAGCAUGAUUUGUAACUAUGUGACGAACAACUGUCAUUUGUUUCUGUGCUGGAGGUCAAGAACAGUAAUAUAAAUAUACAGGUUUAGUGAUUAGUUUUUAAUCUGCCUCGUGAAUAUUGUAGUGGGGUGUUGCUGUUUUGUUGUCUUAUCCUCUGAAUUGUGUGAUUUCCAGAUGGAUGGUAUUUUAAUUAGUAAUUCCCAAUGUAUAUAUCUGAAGGCAGGUCGCAUUAGACUGUUACUGACAAAGCUUUUUAAAGAUAAAUGCGAGAGUAAAGUAAUGUUAACAGCUCAGAAACAUGUUCACUGAGGAAUCAACAAAUGUAAUACAUAUAUAUGAAAUGCAUUUAUGAAAUGUACUCAUUUGUGUAGGCAAACAGUCCUUUAAAUAAAGCACAAUAUGAAUUUCUCGAAACAGAGCAGACAGGACUGUUAGUAUUGCAGUAUCAGUAAAUGAUCUGAUAAUGAGAAACUAAUUGAGGAGGGAGUGAUUUAAUGACCAUUACAACCCAACUAAGUCAUUAAAAAAAACAAACAACAACAACAACAAAAAAAAAACAGCAAUUUCACAUUCACACUGUUGUUGCUUUGAAACCUGUUCCACUUAAAUAUUAUUUGUAUUGUAAUACUGAUAAUAGAUACAUAUUUUCAUUAGUUAUAUUUUUUUUUGUUUUAAAGCUUAAGUCAAGACUGUGUAUCUCUAACAGAUAUAAAAUUGCAUAUUUUCUCUGCAGAUGAUUUGCAGAAAUGCUCCUUACGCUUU